AUGAAGACCACCACCAUCCUUUGCGCCGUCCUGGCCACCACUGCCAUUGCUCAGCCUCACCAGCAUGCCAACAAGCGCCGUCAUGUCCACGGCAAGCAUCAGAAGCGCGCUCUUGUCACCGAGUGGGUUACCGAAAUCGCCUACGUGACCGAGUGGGUUGACUCGACCACCACCGUCUGGGUUAACCCCGAUGUCUCAUCCACCAGCACCGCCGUCCCCACGACGUCGGUUGCCGCCCAGUUCUUCGAGCCCGCCGAUCAGCCGUCCUACACCACCCUGUCCACCUCUACGAAGCCCUCUGCCGUUGCUUCACCCGUCAAGGAGCCCGUCUCGCAGGCCCCCCCUCCGGCACCUACCACGUCCACGUCCACUCCAGCCCCCGCUCCCGAGACCCCGACUCCUGAGCCCGUUCAGUCUUCUACCCCCGUCUACGUUGCGCCCCAGCCGGUCCCUACCACCUCUUCUACCCCCGCGCCCUCUCCUCAGCCUACUACCCAGGCUGCUGCUGCUGCUGCUCCUGCUGCCACCCAAGCCAGCACUGACUCCAGCUCCUCCAGCAGCUCUGGUGGCACGGUUCACACCGGCGACCUGACCUACUACGCCGUAGGCCUGGGGGCUUGCGGUGAGGACGACAGCGGCAAGGACCAGACUGAGAACAUUGUUGCCAUCUCUCACCUCGUCAUGGGUACUCAGUCCAACGGCAACCCGUACUGCGGCAAGAAGGUCAAGAUCACCGUCAACGGCAAGUCCACCACCGCUACUGUCAAAGACAAGUGCAUGGGUUGCAAGGCCGAUGACAUCGACGUCAGCGAGAAGUGCUUCCUCGACGUGUUUGACAGCCUUGGCGUCGGCCGCAAGACUGUCGAGUGGUCUUUCAUCAACUAA